ACGUGACAUGCUCUCAUGAGGCCAAUCAGUGAGAAAGACGCAUAUUCUCAUAGGCACAGCAAGCUGGCCCUCAAAAGGUGGCAAAGAAGUAAGAGGCGUCUUUCUGUAACACAAAAAGGGAGAUCUCACGGGGUGAGCGGCACCUAUUACGGCAAAUUUCUGGCUGAGCUGACAACACGUGCGCACCGUGUAAGUGGGAAGGUGUACGUAGCUUCCGAAGACAGCCUCUACCUCGUGGGCCUCAAUUACGACGGAGCUGGUCCCGAUGCUUUCUUCUGGCUCAGUCCCGGAGAGGAGGCUUCACCGGACGGUGUGCUCACACCCGACGAAAAUGGAUCACGUCAUCCGUUGAGGAGGUACUCGAACCAAACGAUCCUUCUUACCCUGGAGGAGGGCACAAGGAUAACCGAUUAUGGCUCCUUUGCCCUGUGGUGCAGAGAGUUUACGGAAAACUUUGGUCAAGUACGCAUUCCUCGCAACUUGGAGCUACCUGCCGAGCAGACCAUCGGCAACUUCCAGAAUGGGGCUCACGCCAUACGAUCAGCUGCCGUAACGUUACUGGAUUCGCAGACAGUCCAUAUAGCUCAAUUCUACUACGAUGGGACGGGACCCGAUGCCUAUUUUAUGGUCGGAAACAGCGACCAUGUAACAGAUGUGGCAGCGACCAAGGUGCCCAAUAAUAAAGGCAGCACCCAGAAGUUAGGCAGAUACGACGGGGAAGACAUUGUGCUCCAUCUCCCGGCCAGUCUCGACUGGUCGGAUGUCAAAUGGCUGUCUGUCUACUGCAUCAGUGCGUCUGCAGAUCUUGCACACAUCCGGGUUCCGAGGGAACUUUCGGUACCCGUCAAGUUGCCGGGAGGAGUUCCAAGGACGAACGGUCGCUACCUGGGUAACCUUAUAGGGCCAUUACAGAACACAGUUCAUGGAGUUUCAGGCAACGUGUAUGCAGCCAAGAAGAACGUCCUCGUCUUGGAAGACUUUGUCUAUGAUGGCUUAGGGCCAGACGCGUUCUUCAUGGUUGGCACGACGAAUGAGCCGUCUCCCACUGGAACUGUGCUUCCUAAUGAAGCCGGCAGCGUGUCCAAGUUGUCCAGGUAUGAAAAGAAAACCAUAGUACUAACCCUACCAUCAGUCAUAACAAAUUACAAGUGGUUCAGCGUCUACUGUAAGAAAGCAAAGGUGAGCUUUGGUCACGUGGUGAUACCAACAGACCUGGACUAUCCCAAGGAGUUGGUUUUGUCCACCGCUUGGAAGGGGGCGCACAGAACACGUUCUGGCCCAGUCAUUCUCAAAGAUAUCAACACCUUAUUCCUUAGCGACUUUGGAUAUGAUGGAUCUGCUCCAGAUGCAUAUUUCCUCUGUGGCAAAGGACAGAUCAACGGACGAGGAAUCAAGGUUCCAGACGAACACGGAAGGACAUCAAAACUGAAAGGCUACAACAACGUGGACCUGACUCUUAAAUUUCCCGAUGGCGUGACAGCUUUUGAUGUUGAUUGGUUCGCCAUCUAUUGCAUCCGAUUUGCAGAAGUGUUUGCCAGCGUCAGGAUACCAUCGAACCCUAAUGUCCCUCCAGAUAUUGUACAACUCACUAUGGCUCAACGUCCAACAGUGAGAGCACAACAGCUGCAAAGUUCAACUCAGUUGGACAACUGUGAAGAGAUUCUUCCAAACCACCUUCAAGUAGGCUGGAAAAUUCAAGGCAGCGACAUUGUUCUCCAUCUUCGGGCACGAGCCUCAAGGAACGAAUGGGCUUCCUUUGGCAUCAGUGGCAACAGAGACAAGAGCCAAAUGGUUGGUGGCGAUGUAGCCGUUGCCUAUUAUGACCAGUCCAAAGUUACUCUUAAAGACUUCACCCUGGAGAGCAAAGCUCAAUGUUCGACGAACGGUGGAGUUUGCCCCGAUGACAAACGAGGUGGCAAGGACAAUUUAAAACUGAUUUCUUCCAGCCAUACGAAUGGAAUUUUGGAAGUAGUCUACUCUCGACCACUAGCUGCAGGUGACAGUGCCGAUAAAAACAUUCCUGGUAGUGGGGACAUCGCUAUCAUUGCAGCCAUUGGUCCUAAAAGCGACGACAACACUGUGCUCUACCACACAACACACUACUUGAAACGUGAUACGAAGCUAACGUUUAGCCGGGAGCCGCAAAAGAACUGCGUUGCUUUAAAAGAAUCAACCGGUAUUCUUUCUGAGGAUGCAUUUGCAGCCAGAAAAAUCGCGGGCAUCAACGAGUUCACUGCAGAGAUCGGUCCCACUGGCGGAAUUAAGGGCUACGAAAAGAUUACAGGUUUCUCGGGCUGGGGAAUUUCCUGGUGGAUCAACGGGCAGCUCAUCCCCGUGCUCUACGUAGAGCGUGGAAUCACUUAUACCUUCAAAGUGAAUGGCGGACACGACCCAGACAACUCUGCCCGGUAUCAUCCUUUCUACAUCACAGACAAUCAAAAAGGAGGAGGAUCCAAAGUAGAUCCAUCAGAGCUCGGAAAACCAGGUCACUUACUUUUGGCCGGUGUUGUCAUGGGAGCUGAUGGCAAGCCAGAUGUCAGUAAAGGCAUCGGGCGCUACUGUGAGUGGGAACAUAAAGACGUGGACAAGAGUGACCAAGUGAAGAGCUUUGAAGAAUACAAAAACACUUUGGAACUGAAAUGUGAGGAAGGACAACCGGGAACUUUCACCUGGACUCCAGAUAAAGACACACCAGACACCGUCUAUUAUCAGUGUUUCACUCACUUCUUCUUGGGAUGGAAGAUUCGAGUACUAAACCCUGGAGAAGACCCGCAAGAUGACGACAAGAAGAGCAGUGCCACAAUUGCUCGGCUUAGUGUAACCCUUGUGUCUCUUGUUGCAGCAAUGCAAGUGUCAUACGCUUCAUAGCCACCAUUUCACACCAUUCAAUAAAAACCUAUUUUGAAUAACC